AUGCAGGCCGCGGUCGCGUCGGUUGGCGCUCGCCUGCUCGCCGAGAUCGAUGAGGCGAGUCUGGACGAGAUCCUCGCCUCUCUCCGCACAGGCUUUGCGACAACAACCCCCGGCCGCAACUACGCUGGCGAAGAUAGUCACACAAACAAUGCUGUGCCGACUCGCUCAAGCAGCAAUCGGCUCAAGCAUUUCCCAAUUCCCGGACUCAAUGACCUCGUCCAGCGCCAUUUCCGCGCCACGCAGUCUGCGCCGCUGGCCAUCACGGGCCGCUACCGCGAGCUCCUCUACGUCCUGGUUGCGACUCUGAUCACCUCACCCCAUGACAAGGCAGUUGCUAUCGUCGACUUUGACGGCCGGUUUGACCCUGAGCGUCUCCUCGCCACUGCCCCAGCUGGCGAAUUUCCGCAUGUGAGGCCGGCAGUCGAACCCGGUGACCUGGAUCAUGUCCACAUCCUGCGUGCUACUCGCGGAGGCGUCGCACAUAUCGCCAACUGCCUCGCGUCAAUGGAGCAGUACAUGCUUUACCGGCCACACCGAAGUCGCGCCCGUGAGUGGUGGGGCACGGUAGUCAUUGGUGGUGGGCUGAACCCAGCCAGCACCGCCGCCGCCGCCGCCUCUGCCCAGAUGGCUGUCACGGCCGACUGGAAGGGCUGGCUGCGUGUCGACAGGGCCGAGACGCAGUCGUUCGGGGACAUGCCCGUUGACGAGGCGCUGGCCGACAGAGACGAGCGUCAGAACGCCGUCGACGAUGCCGGGUGGGUUGCCACCUCGCCAUGGGGCGCCUUUAGCUUUGGCACGCGAGGGCGCCCCUGA